UUCGACAUUACCGACAACGCUCUAGGCCCAUCAACUGAGUCCCGCCCUUCGCAGCGUGUCCUAUGAGAAAAGAGAAAGGCGGGCCUUCCGGCGUCGGUUGCUAAGACAAGCACGUUUCUCUCCUUAACAACCACAGGGAAGCUGGUAUUUGGGGCUCGGGGUCGAGGUGACGCAGAUGCUACAUGUUCCUCCUGGCUUAACUGCUGCCCAUGGGAACCCAAGCGAUGUGUUGCUAUGCAGCAAAAUAUCCUACUCAUGCAAAAACGGUUUGGCUUGAAUUCUAGUUCCUAGCCUCCACUUCACUGGUUCCCUCCAGGCUGUUCUGCCCCUUCCCGGGGUCACAGUGGACAGACAAUGGCAGACACCGGGGAGGGGAAAAAAGAGGAGGCAGACUAUAAGCGACUUCACAGCUUCCCACUGAUCAGGCACACAGACAUGCCGGAGGAAAUGCGAGUAGAGGCCAUGGAGUUGUGUGUCACUGCAUGUGAGAAAUAUGCUACCAACAAUGAGAGUGCUGCCAAGAUGAUCAAAGAGACAAUGGACAAGAAGUUUGGCUCCUCCUGGCAUGUAGUGAUUGGUGAAGGCUUUGGGUUUGAAAUCACACAUGAAGUGAAGAACCUGCUCUACAUGUUCUUUGGAGGCAGCCUAGCUGUUUGUGUUUGGAAGUGUUCCUGACAUCCUCUCUCUGUAUCCAAGCUCACCAAAUCCAGGAAAUUUUUUUCCAGACUUUUAAUUGGUUUUUAUACAAUUUAAAGGGCAGUUUUAUUUUUAAUAAUAAAAUAUUGGGCCUCUUUCUUAUUUAUAUACCAGUUUUAUGGAAAAUAUUUAGAGUGUGUAUGUGUGUAAAUCUGUUGAGCUACUUAAUCCAGCUCAUAGGGUGUCUGACUCUGAUUUUACCAAUGUGGCUUUUUUGCUUAGAGGUGGGAUUGUGCAAGAGGGAUGGGGGGGGGAUGAUCUUAUGGGACACAGUUUAUGAAGCCAUACAUCACAGGUGGUGAGGGAGAGAGAGGAGUAUUAGUCCAACCUCACUGCUGCCUUCUCCUUGCUGUCCUUCAAUCCCUCCCACUUUCUGGGAGAAGACCAGAAAAAGGCAGCUGAUAUCUCUCUGCCCAAAUGACAGCUGCCUGGCUGUGAGAAGUGUGUGCGCCAGCUUGAAAAACUUGACCCAGUGGAUGGUUGCUAGGAUAAUUGCCCUCCCACCUCCUCACUACACCUACAGAGCACUGAUAUAGCUUGUAAAGCGUAUGGCACACAAAUAAGAUUAUUUUACAUAGCAUGUGGGGUGGGGUGGGAGUGUCAUGAUGCCAAUAUGUUGUAUCUUGUUUAGAGUCUGGCAGUGGGAAGAAGUUCCAUCUGAACAGCCAGUUUCUCAAACUUUAAGUACGAUUGUACUUCCAUUUUGUAGAGUCUAAUAAUGCUGUCACAAAGGGGUUGAUUAUUGAAAUGAAAUGUUCCUAAUUGUAUUUUGUAUAUGGCUUAUUUGAAUUUGGAGUGUGAAGGGGACUUACUUUUUACAUUAAAACAGUUUUUGAAAACUCA